UUCAAAUUCCUUAUCGGAUGCAUGAAGACUGAAAUUCAUGUCGAUGAUGCGGUGUCGGCCGUCUGGCGUAGUCAGCACACCGAUUUUGGAGAAUUUGUCCAUCGAACUGAAUGCGCCGUGAAGUGAGGUUCUACAUAGGACGCAAAAGAGCGCAAGCUCCAAGAGACGAAAAUGAUAUCGAAACUGGCGCCCUACAGAAGAAGAUGCAGACGGGGAGGGGAAGGGGAAGGGGAACGGUUGGAAUCUUAAUCAGGAAGGAGCUGAAGAUCGAAGCGGAGACUGUCAUUGUCGUGGAAAUUUCGAGGCCCGGCGGCGGAAGCUGACGAUCCGCGAGGGCUUGCACGCUGCAACCGCGGGAGGGAGGAAGUUGCAUUUUGCGGGGCAGGCAGCGAUCGGAUUGGAAAGAGGGCGCGGUAAAUUGCUGCAGCAAGAGAAGAAUUUGACUGUUCGACGCGAGCGGCGAAGAUGGAAGCAGACCAGCGUUUGAGCGUCCUUGCUGCCACCAGUGGGCUCGAUUCGGAUGAUGAGGUGUCACUGGACGCGAGCUUCUUCCUGAAUGAGAACUACCAGCUUCAAACGUUCACUUUUGACACAGAAUCGAUCGAGUUGUACUGUUUACAGUCUUCACUCACCGAUUAUGACCUCACAGGACAGCUCGUAUGGCCUGGAGCCGAACUGCUUGCUGAGUACCUGCUUCAGAGACGAAGUCAGAUGAAGGGCUUAUCAGUGAUAGAACUCGGUGCCGGUUUAGGUCUGACGGGGCUGCUUUGCGCACGACUUUGUGAACAUGUGGUCAUCACAGACUACAACGACACUAUAUUGAAGGUGAUGCAGAUGAAUGUAGAUCACCAAGUAUCCACAGGAGCUCUGCCAGUCUCCAGCGCGGAGGUGCAGAAGUUAGACUGGAGCGUGGACGAACAUCUCGAUUCCAUUUUAGAAAAGCACCCUCAAGGCUUCGAUCUCGUCAUGGGUGCUGACAUUUGCUAUCAGCGCAGCUAUGUACCUCUCCUUUUCAUUACCAUUCGACGAUUACUGAAUCAACAGAAACCAGGUUCUGCUGCACUCCUCGGAUAUGUCUCUCGCUGGAGAAGCAUGGAUACAGCUGUUUGCGUGGAAGCUGCCAAACUCGAUUUGGACAUUAAGGAGGUUCCCGGCACAAGAAAGCCGGUUGUGAGCGGUGUGUACGAAGGCUGGAUAUACGAAAUCACCGCCAAACUGUAAACCAGCUUCUGUUCAGAUUGUAGACACGCCUUCGCCUCGUCGCGUUGCCAUGCACAGCUGGCUUGAAUGGCGCAUGCAGCUGUCAGUGGUUGUUGGUUCUAAGUGUGCAUCUGGUUUCCGGAUGCCGGGUACAUCCAUUAUUCCGCUGAUUGUAUUGCAGCAGAUUUUCAGCAAAGAGCAAAAAUACUGUGUGUACUGUCGAGAUAGGCGUGUGUUUGCUUUAGCCACUUCGUACUGCCCGAGCAAUCUCGGGGUUUAUGAUGAACGCGUGCACGGGGUUUAUGUCUUUCCGGCAUAUGAAAACAGAUUGAUUACAAUCGUUUCACCUCGUUCGCGUGCUAUGAUUCCUUCUGUGGCGUGCCGGCAGGGCUAAAGCCUCCGAUUAAUGCAAGCAAGGUCUUCCGGAAUGGUUUCCUUGAGUACCCAAAAUCUCUCAGAAUGUGGUUCCUACCUGCAGCAAUUGCACACGACGUGCUUAUCGGGUCGUGUCGGAGCCCGUCCCAAAUGUGGAAGUUCAUUAAUCAUUUGUAAAACCUAACGCCGAAACAGAAAUUGCUCUGUACC